UUGUUUCAUGAGCAUCGAUGUGGAUCGGGACUAUGUGGUGAACAGUCCCUUGAUUCUGCAGAGUGUCUUUUAUACCAUUCUCACCCCCGUGAUGAUGGCAGUCGUGUGGGAAGCUGUUCGGCACUGGGGCUCUUGGCAGGAGCGACAGAUCAUCGAUCGAGACCCUUACGCAUUCAGCAAGUCCAGUACCCGCCGAGGCCAAGAAUUCGUGCUGCCGAUGAUUUUCUACGGCUUAGCCCUCGCGAACUUCUUCCUGACCGUUCCGCGCUCCUGGGGGCCGAUCGAAAGGCAACGAAGCUUGGAGCAACAGAUGGCGGAUGCGAAACCUGCCGCGACGGACAUCCGAUGGCGCAUCGCCAGCUUCCUAGCCAUGGGUGGCGUUCUCGUUAUCUGCUAUAGCCUGGAGCACAGUUUGUACCGCUACCGCAUCCGCCCCACGAGUACCUGGGGCCAGCUUAUGUUCUACCUCAAUGCCGCACCCUCCCAAUUCCUCGUGGCCCUCGUGUUACUCGGGUUCAAAGUCGGAUAUGCGAUUGCAUCUGCGUAUGACUGGACGGUGUCACCGUUGAGAUAUGGUGUCAGCGGCGGUUGGAUCUACGGACUGGGUUAUACACCCCCGCUCCUCCUGAUAAUCCUGUUCAACAUCUGUGGUCACUGUGAGUUGAAUGACGACCAGGCUCUAAUCGCUCGUCGCGGUGACCUCGAUAGUGCCAUCGCAGACGACAUGGGCGUUGGCCAAAGGAAACCCAGUUGGUGGACAAAGGGCCGUUCGUUUGUUCGGGAGAUUAGGAGACAGUCAACCCAGAAAGACACGGACGAGAUGGACCGGUAUGUUGAGAUGGGAAUCAUCCAUCCAGAGGAGCAGCAGCAACCGGGAGAAGACCCCUUCACCAAACCCAAGCCAGAAACUCAGAUCAACACCCGAACUGCCAGUCAAGCCAGCGAAGCAACAAGUAUGACGGCAGUGGACAGUGUUUCGGAUGUGGCUCACCGUUAUCUGGAAUAUGCGACAGAGUCAGGGAACCUGUCGCGGUGCUCGUCGGACGACCCGGCUGCAGUGCAUCCUCCACAGAGAGCCAAGGACAUGAUUGAUGGGUAGGCAGGUGGGUACGUGGUACAAUCGCUUAAUCGGAGUGGACACGAUUGUGGAGUAGCCUGUUAUGCAAAAUACUCAGUACUACUCAGUGAAAUUUGGCUGUAUUGUAGCAACUUCGUGUGAUACUCUUCUGUGACUCAAUCAUACAGGAGAUGCCUGAAGACCUCAAGCAUCUUGAAAU